AUGGCCUCGGAGGCAGUGAAGGUGAUCGUGCGGUGCCGGCCCAUGAGCGAGCGGGAGAAGGCUCUGGGCUGCAAGGAGGUGGUCAGCAUGGAGAGCACCCGGGGCCAGUGCUUCCUCCAGAACCCCACGGCCACCAGCGAGCCCCCCAAGCAGUUCACCUUCGACGGGGUGUACUACCAGGAGCACAACACGGAGCAGAUCUACAACGAGAUUGCCUACCCGCUGGUGGAGGGUGUCACUGAAGGCUACAACAGCACCAUAUUUGCCUAUGGCCAGACUGGCAGUGGGAAGUCAUUCACCAUGCAAGGAAUUGUGGAUCCUUCUACACAGAAAGGGAUAAUACCCAGGGCAUUUGAACACAUUUUUGAGAGCAUACAGUGUGCUGAAAAUGCCAAGUUCUUGGUGAGAGCUUCCUACCUGGAGAUUUACAAUGAGGACAUACGAGACCUUCUGGGAGCUGAUACCAAGCAGAAGCUGGAGCUGAAGGAGCACCCCGAGGCAGGGGUGUACGUGAAGGGGCUGUCCCUGCACACCGUGCACAGCGUGGCACAGUGUGAGCAGCUGAUGGAGCUGGGCUGGAGACACCGAGCAGUGGGUUACACCCUCAUGAACAAGGACUCUUCCCGCUCCCAUUCCAUCUUUACUGUCAACGUGGAAAUCUGCACUGUAGAUCAGCAAGGGCAGGACCACCUUAGGGCUGCAAAACUCAACCUAGUGGAUCUGGCAGGCAGCGAGCGCCAGUCCAAAACUGGAGCCACAGGAGAGAGGCUCAAAGAGGCCACGAAAAUCAACCUCUCCCUCUCUGCUCUGGGCAAUGUCAUCUCAGCUCUGGUCGAUGGGAGGUGUAAGCACAUCCCCUACAGAGACUCCAAGCUGACCAGGCUGCUGCAGGACUCCCUGGGAGGGAACACCAAGACACUGAUGGUAGCCUGCUUGUCUCCAGCUGACAACAACUACGAGGAGAGCCUCAGCACUUUGCGCUACGCCAAUCGAGCAAAAAACAUCAAGAACAAACCCUGUAUCAAUGAGGACCCCAAGGAUGCUCUGCUGAGGGAGUAUCAGGAGGAAAUUAAGAAGCUGAAGGCCAUUCUAGCUGAACAGAUGGCCAUGAAUAACUUGUCAGGGCUUCUACCUGCUGAGACUGCUCACCUGGAAGAGAAGCCAGCUCCCCUCCACAAACUCCAGUUAGAUAUUGAAGCAGAGAAGCAGCUGAUCAGAGAAGAGUAUGAAGAGAGGUUGGCCCAGCUGAAGGGCAGCUAUGAGGCAGAGCAGGCAUCCCGUGCCCGCCUCGAAGAGGACAUCAGAAACCUGAGGAAUCACUAUGAUCUCAAGCUCUCUGCUCUUCAGGGGAACCUCAAGAAGGAAAAAGCUGCUACAAGGACUGAAACUACUCCUGACAAGACCUGUCUGCCUGAAGACUCUGUUGCUGCAGCAGAUGAAGAACAAACAUCAGCCCAGGGCCUGGCAGCACCUCGGGCUGUCCAAGAGGGUGGUGUUGUGAGCAGGGGGAGUGCUGGAGCAGAGAUGGCUGUUGCUGCUGAGGGGAUUUCAGUGCCUGCAGACCAGCAGCGGGUGCUCGCCAGGCUGCAGAUGCUGGAGCAACAGGUGGUUGGGGGGGAACAGGCAAAAAACAAGGACCUCAUAGAAAAGCGGCAACGCAGGAAAAAAUACGCAGACGAGCGGAGGAUGCAGCUGGUGGCUGCACUGCAGCAGGAGGAUGAGGACAGCAGUGACUGGGUCCUGCUUAAAGUCUAUGACUCCACCCAGGAGGAGGUUCGAGCCAAGAGCAAGCUGCUGGAGAAGAUGCAGAAGAAGCUGCGAGCUGCCGAGACGGAGAUCAAGGAUCUGCAGUCGGAGUUUGAGCGGGAAAAGAGCGAUUACCUCAGCGCCAUCCGCCGCCUGGAGCAGAAACUGAUGCUCUUCCAGCAGCUGCUGGAUCGGGUGCAAUCCCUCAUCCGGAGGGACUGCAACUACAGCAAUCUGGAGAAGAUCAAGAGGGAAUCCAUCUGGGAUGAGGAAACAGGCUGCUGGAAAAUUCCAGAGCCUGUCAUUCAGAAAACGCACCUGCCCGCAGCAGUCCCAGCCCUGCCACAGCCCAGACCUGCCAGAAAGAGCCCUGAGAACAGAGAGCAAACGCCCGAGGAAGAUCGCUACAAACUGGUGCUGAACCGGAGUGACAGCGAGAUCAUUGCCAGCAACUACUUCAGAUCCCCACGAACCAGCCGGAUCCUCCAGCCCGACCUCACCAAGAACCGAGCUGCCCCGGGGCCGGAGGGACCUCGGAGCGGAGCCCCCGCCAUGCCCCGGCCCCGGCCCUUCCGCCUGCAGGCGCUCGCCCUGGCCCCGACAACCACGACGCACAAAAAGGGCUCCAACAGCCACCCCCUCUGACCCCAGCACCGCUGAGCUGUCCGGCGACGCAAGAAGACCCAAAUAAAAAUCUCUGUGGUUUUGCACCGAAACUCUUUUGCUCCACACCAAGGUGAGGAACAGGGGAGGGGACCGAGGGCGAGCUCGCUGUCGCCACAUUCCCUUGCGCCCUGCAGCCCCUUUCCCCCCGCAAUAAACCGGUCUGACACUGCUGGUUUUGAG